CUCAUGAAAUCCGCCUUUCCAUCUCGAUUGUGCAAUAAUAAACGAAUUUUUUACUGUUAUGCUUCUCAUGUUUUAUCACCAUUAAACGGAGGAAGGAAGGAAUCACGGACGAAAGUCAGAGGCUUGCUUAAUCUCCCGAGUCAAAUCAAUACUCAAGCAAAUAAUUUUACGAAAUACGAUGUAGAAGCACUGAGAGUGAAAUUUCAACCGGCAACCGAAGACCACGUUAUUCCUGAUGAGAAAGUCGAAGAAUUCUCAGAACAAUUCAUUUGCCGUAAAAUAAACAGAAAUAUGCUCAAAGAUGAUGAAUUCAAUGUUGAUAAUAUUAGCGAUGUGUCCGAUAGUCUUUUUCAAACCUUCUUUGAAAAACUUGCCAUCGUCACCCAAAACCCUCCAGGAAUACCUGAAUCUAGUACCGACACUAUGGUUGAUGAUUUGCUUCGUAUUGCUAAACUGAAUAACCAUCCUUUGAAGUUAACGAUUCAUCCACCAAGCAAACUACAUAUCUUAAAUGAGCCAUAUGUUUCGGCAACUCCCGAAUUUGUGGUUAACAAAAGAAAAAUAUCUAUGGUUAUUACAGAAGAUAAAACUUUACAAAACAUUAACCACAGAAAUGGAUAUGGAGAGAUGCAAAUUGCGGCCGAAAUACUUUCUUGUGGAGAUGAAAAUAUGCGUAAAUUUAAGAAGGACACUGAUCAGGUUUUAUUUGCUGUCCGUUUUAUUUCUACCUAUGCCACAUUUUACAAAGCUCAAAUUCCCGCAGAAUAUUGGGAAGAGCUUAUUAAGGGUUUACCAAAAGUAAAUUCAGUUGAAAUCAAAAGGUGGCCAGGAGAAAAUGAUGAUAAAAGUGGUCUUGAUCUUGCAGACCCGGAUGGAAGGAAAGCGGUGUUGACUGCGUUAAUCAAAAUUCGUCAAUUUCUUUUGAAGUAG